AUGUUCUCAUACACAGUAUUAGCUGUUGUGGACAUAGAAUCUUGUGGUGUCGACUAUUUCCGCUGCAAUAAUGGAAAAUGCGUAGAAGGUUAUCGACGCUGUGAUCGCGUGGUAGAUUGUCCAGAUGGAGAAGAUGAAGUUGCCUGUGACUGCCGGCCUGAUGAAUUCCAGUGUCAAGAUGAUGGGUCCUGUAUAGAAAGCAGAAAGCGUUGUGAUGGUAUCAAUCAUUGUAGAGAUGGGUCGGAUGAAAACCAGUGCACAGCAAAGGGAUACUUUAGAUGCAGAGGUGGCAAGUUAAUACCCGAAAAUGCGAGAUGCAAUCGUCGAUACGAUUGUGAUCCUGGAGAUUAUAGCGAUGAACAAAAUUGUCCAUGUGGUGACGACGACUUCAAAUGUGACAAUGGCUACUGCAUUCCCAGAUCUAAACAAUGUGACAGAACGCAUGACUGUCAGGAUGGUUCUGAUGAACGACAUUGCACUUAUGGCUCCAUAUGCAUGGCUUAUCAGUAUAAGUGUUCGAGCGGACAAUGUAUUAAGGCUGAAGCUAGGUGCAAUGGGACUGUGGAGUGUGAUGAUGGUUCUGACGAAAAGAAUUGCCCUUGUAAAAGAGGUCAAUUCCAAUGCCGAGACGGCUCUUGUAUUAAUAUUGCUCAACGAUGUAAUGGUCUCAGAGACUGUCGACCUAGUGGUGAAGAUGAAAACAACUGCGAUGUCGAACGUUGCUCUUCAGAGAGUUUUACUUGCGACCGUGGUUCCAGUGUUCCCUGUGCCACUCGUUGUGACAAUAAUCCCGAAUGCGACAAUGGUGAAGAUGAAGAUGGUUGUCCUGAUUGCGCUCACAAAUGCGACGGCAGGUGCAUAGAUGAAACUCUAAUAUGCGACGGCGUCUCCGACUGCUCUGAUUCUUCGGAUGAGAUCGACUGUAACACUUGCGAUGGACCGAACGACUUCAGAUGUAGAAAUGGUGAAUGCAUUAAAGCUUCUCAGCGCUGUAACUCAGUCGAGGAAUGCUCCGAUGCAAGUGACGAGUUACAAUGUAACGAUACGAUGACAACUGGACCAAUCACUUGCAAUGAAGACCAAUACCAGUGCCGAAACGGUUUUUGCAUAGACAUGCAAUUCUUUUGCGACAGAAAUCCAGACUGUACCGACAACUCCGAUGAAGAAAACUGCCCAUGGUUCAUGAUGAGGCCGUCCCGAUCACCGAUACAGACGACAACGUGCCAAGAAUCUGAAUUUACGUGUUACGAUGGCAAGUGCAUACCACACAUCCGAAGAUGCGACAAUUUUUACGAUUGUAUGGACUUCUCUGAUGAACAAAACUGUUACAACUCUGCAUGUGAUGACGGUUACUGGCAAUGCCGAACUGGGCAGUGCAUCCGAGACUCAGAACACUGCGACGGAACCUAUCAUUGCAGUGAUGGUUCCGAUGAAAACAAUUGUCCCACUACAUACGGACCCUUUACCACUGCUUAUCCCUAUACUCAACCGCCACCGACACAGCCUCCGCGCUACUUCACAACUACUUCUGCACCGUUCUUAAACCCAUAUGUGCCUGACAAUCGAGUAGGGGAAUGUAAAAGACAUCAAUGGCGUUGCGAAAACGGACCGUGUAUAAACAAGAACCAACGAUGUGAUGGGCAUGUGGAUUGUCCGAAAGAUGGCAGUGAUGAAUUCGACUGUCCAGCAGGCAGCCCCAUAGCACUCAAUUUGAAGACUUAUCCCGUGGAACAAACAGUGCGAAACGGUGGUGAUGUGGUUUUCUCUUGCCGAGACGAAGGUCCCAUCAGAGCUCCAGUGAGAUGGGUUAGGGAAGGAGGCAGAUCCCUCAAACCCGGUUCGGUGGACAGAAACGGUCGUCUUGAAAUGAACCACGUGACGAUGGGCGAUAGCGGUAUCUACAUGUGUCAAGCGCCUAGAUAUUUGGGCUCUCCUGGUUCCGAAGUGAGGGUUACUCUUGUCGUCGAAAGACCUUCUGCUACUAUCCGACCUCCAUUCAUUACAUGUCAGUUUGACGAAGCAACGUGUGGUAAUGGACAGUGUAUACCAAAGACAGCUGUCUGUGACCGUAAAAUCGACUGCGAUGACGGAUCAGAUGAAGACACUUGUGGUCAAAACGGACUAUGUCAACCAAACGAGUACCAGUGCGCGAAUCACAAGUGUGUGUUAAAAACUUGGUUCUGCGACUCUGACGAUGACUGUGGUGAUGGUUCGGAUGAAAUCAACUGUCCCACUGUCGAUCCUCACCAAAACUGUAGUCGAGUAGAAUUCGCGUGUACUAGCAAUGACCAAUGUAUUCCGAGAAGCUUUCAUUGUGAUGGACAGAGUGAUUGUAUUGAUAAAUCCGAUGAGACAGGAUGCGCUCCCGUUCACGUCACUCGACCACCUGCACCAUCAAAUGUAAGACUGAAUCCCGGUGACACCUUAACGCUUGUUUGCGAAGCCGUUGGCGUGCCUACGCCUCUUAUAUCCUGGAGGUUGAACUGGGGCCAUGUGCCACAAAAGUGUACAUCCACCAGUGAAAAAGGAAUUGGUAGACUCACAUGUUCAAACAUGCAGCCCGAAGACAGUGGCGCAUACUCUUGUGAAGCUAUCAACAAUAGUGGGACGGUAUUUGCUAUACCAGAUGCUAUUGUGUACGUUAAUAGAACUGAAGCUCUAUGUCCAGCCGGAUAUUUCAAUAGCGAGGCUCGCUCUCAAAACGAAUGCAUCCGAUGCUUCUGUUUCGGAGAAUCAACAACUUGCAAGAGCGCAGAUCUCUUCACAUACAAUAUGCCAACUCCGCUCGGUGAAGGUGGUACUAGGCUUAUUGGCGUGAGACAGUCCUACAACGGUGAUGUACAGAUUGACAAACAACAGACGAUCAACAAUCAGUAUUACUACCAACCACUAAGGAAUGGAGCAACGGUAACCAAAUUAGCAGACUACAGCCCUGCCGGGUCAAGAACUUCGGGGUCCCAUCCCUACUUGACCCUACCAGAAAGCUACAAUGGGAACCAACUCACUUCCUACGGUGGCCAUAUCAAAUAUAGAUUGUCGCCACACAACCCUCAACCUUAUGGCUAUAAUGACAUUGUACCUGACGUCGUUAUAAUAGGAAAAUAUCAAAGCCUUGUACAUCAAUUUCGGGGAGAUCGUGGAAGGGACUUGGUGGUUGACGCCCGCCUGACUCCGGAUAACUGGAUGAAACCAAGCCCUCGCGGUUUGAUUGCAGUCACUAGAGAGGACAUUAUGAUGGCGUUGGAUGACAUAGAAAUGAUCUUAGUCCGCGCUGACUUAAACAACGCUGGCGUAAACAUAACUGAUUUUACUAUGGAAUCUGCUCAGCACAUCAAUGUUGGUCUCGGCUCUGCAAGUUUGGUCGAAGAAUGUAGCUGUCCUCCAGGAUAUGAAGGCCUCUCCUGUCAGAAAUGUGCAUCAGGCUUCGCGCGAGAGAGAAAUGGUCCGUGGUUGGGAUCGUGUGUCCCCAAGCGCGCUUGUCCUCCUGGAACUUAUGGAGACCCUAACAGUGGUGGAGACUGCAGACCUUGCCCCUGCCCUCUUACUAAUAGAGAUAACCAGUUCGCUAGAACAUGUUCACUCGGACCCAGUGGAAUUGUUAUUUGCGACUGCAAUCCAGGCUACGAAGGAAAUGACUGCAGCCGCUGUGCUCCUAACUAUUUCGGAAAUCCUCUGAUCCCUGGUGACUCUUGCAAACCAAGACCGUCAGAUAACUGCAAUGGUCUGGGUACUGCUCAAGUUCGCUUACCAGAUGAAUGUGUUUGCAAAGACAACGUUCAAGGAAGAUACUGUGAUCAAUGUAAAGCUGGAACAUUCUUCCUUUCUCACGAUUUCAGAGAUGGAUGCGCCUCAUGUUUCUGUUCGGGUGUAUCCCAACAGUGUAUGAGCAGCAAUUUACGCAGGAAAACCACUAUUGUUCGUUUCAACGUACCACAAAUAGUAGGACAAGUAAAAUUGUACAAGAGUGCUCCCUUCGGUACCGGAGGUACAGUUAGGUACAAUGCACCAAUUGAGACCGAUGCCCAACCGGAGUUGUUCAGAGGCGAAAUGAGUCUAAGCAGCUUUGAUAGAACGCAGCCAUCUAUUUACUAUUGGAGUCUACCGCCGAGUUUUGCGGGAGAUAAAGUUACUUCCUACGGUGGAUUUUUGAAUUACGAACUGCGGCACGUGCCUACUCCUGGAGGCCAAGGAUCGAGAAACAACGCUGCUGAUGUUCAGCUUAUAAGUGACAAUAGUCUGACUUUCAACUACUUUGGAAGCUUUGCGCCGAAUGGUGACGGAUACUUGAACGCCAGUCUACAACUCCUGGAAAAAGGAUGGCAAAGGCCUGAUGGUAAAGAAGUAUCGCGGGAGCACUUCCUUUUAGCUUUAGCAGACGUUAAGACGAUUUUGAUCAAAGCCACAUACACAACCAAUACUGAGGUAGCAUCCGUUGUUAGUGCGAGCAUUGAAACAGCGGAGUCUGGUGGAGAUGGGCCAUUGGCCCAACAUGUCGAACAAUGUGUUUGUCCUGGAGGCUACAUGGGAACAUCUUGUGAAGACUGUGCUCCUGGAUACACUAGAAUAUCAAGUGGCUUAUAUUUGGAGCAUUGUGGACCGUGUGAAUGCAAUGGACACUCAAGCAUGUGCCACCCGGAAUCGGGCGUUUGUUACGAUUGUGCCGAUAACACCGCUGGAGCCAACUGUGAGGACUGUAAGGAAGGAUAUGAAAGGGAUAUUUACAAUAACUGUGUUCUCCGUAGUUCUAACACGCCAGCUCCAUGCAAUUGCGAUCCCCGCGGAGAAGAAAUUCCCUGUGAUGGGUCUGGAUAUUGUACGUGCAAGCAAAAUGUAGAGGGCGAUACAUGCGGUCGUUGCAGGGUGGGCACGUUUGGACUCGAUGCUGCUAAUCCACUCGGUUGCUUGUCAUGUUAUUGCUCUGGAGUCACCAACAACUGUCACGAGGCAAGUCACUACGCAAGAAUACCAAUCGCGGCUCCUAUAUUUGGUGAGAACUACGGAGGUUACACGCUUACUGACUUGAAUGGACAAUUGGUUAUCAACGAUCAAUUCGUACCUGCCCCCGAUGAAAGUGAACUCAUGUACAUGUUCUCAUCUCCUCCUCAAGAAGAAUUAUACUGGUCUUUGCCGGUCUUCCCGGGUAACCGAGUUCUCUCAUACGGCGGUACAUUGUCACUAACGCAGAAGUUCCAAACUGGCGGAUAUGCUGAAGAAUCUGUACCUGGAAAUGACGUCAUCUUCAUUGGUGAUGAGAUCUCUAUAUACUGGUCAAACCCAACACCUAUUAGAUCUGGUGAAUCAUUGAGUUACCAAGUGCCUCUUCAGGAAAGUGGCUGGUUCAUUCUGAACACACCAACACCAGCGAGCCGUCGGGACUUCAUGAGUGUCUUGAAAAACCUUCGCCGUGUACUGGUCAGGGCGACGCUAUCUGAUGAACUCUUGUCUACGGCAAUUGCUGACGUGUCUAUGGAUACCGCAUCAGAGCUCUCCGACUCAUCUUCCCCUGUUGCUAAGAGUGUUGAGAUUUGUAUUUGUCCGGAAGGGUACUCAGGAACAAGUUGUGAAAUAUGUAAUGCUGGAUAUUACAAGGAUCAGAAUGGCCAGUGCAAGCAAUGCAAUUGCAAUGGGCACGACUGUCAGCUGAAUAGCUACGACGAACUCAUCUGCAACUGCCGUCCGCCCUACAUAGGACCAGAUUGCUCGACCGUCGGCGUUAUCAUGGAACUUCAUCCGAAAAUACAUGAAGACUACCAUAACUCCAUAUUUGUCGAAGUAAUAUUAACGUGCAAAUACCGAGCUCCCGAGCCUCUAACAAUAAAAUUCUUCCGAGCUGGAAUAGAAAUAAAACCAGAAAAGUUAUAUAACGAAUCAAAGCUUUACAACGAUGGUUGGCGGGGAGAGCAUAGCGUACGCACUACGUGGAAUACUAUGUUAGAAGGAGACAUAUACGAAUGCCGAACUUUUACUAAAGGCGGUUUCACUCUUGGGGUUUUAACAACUACUCUACCAGAGAAAGGUGGUGAGCCCAGCGUUGAUCAGACAACAAGACCAGUUCCACCUCAAAGCACUGUAACAGUGACCAUUACAAGUCCAACUAUUAAAAUAGAGGAAGUGGGAAGUACAGUUAAUUUCACAUGUCAGGCCCAAAGCAUCAAUGUCCGAGGCCCACUAAUUGUUAACUGGUAUAAGUCUGACGGGGAUCUACCACAGGACAGGACGCAAUUCGAUCAAGACUCCGGAAUGCUUCGUAUAACCAACCUGCAAGUCUCCGACAGUGGAAAGUAUAUAUGUCAAACGAGCGAUGGAGUUUCCACGAACCAAGCUUUCGCGACACUCAAAGUACCAGGCAAUGAUAUGAGACUACCAACUGUAUCUAUCAGCCCGCCAAUAGCGGAAUACUACGAAGGUGACAGGAUCGAACUAACUUGUUCCACAACUGGCAACCCUGCACCAAGAAUCACAUGGCAGAGAGCAUACAACCGGCCACUACCUCGAACAACUCAAAGAUAUGACGCUUUAUUGGUUAUUGAAAAUGCAAGACAGGACGAUUCAGGCGAAUACAGGUGUAUCGCAUCAAACGCAGCUGGAACCAGGGACAGAACAGCAGUUGUGACAAUCCGCCAAAGACCUUCACGGCCAUCUUAUCAAGAAUUGACUGUGUCUACUCAAACUCCGACUGUCGAUGAGGGUAGAAGCAUUACAGUCGUGUGCACUGGAACUACUAAUGUGCCAGCUGGAGCCAUUAAUUGGGUCAGACAAGACGGUACUGAUUUCUUACCAAACGUACGCUCCGAUAGUGGUGUUUUGUACAUUGAUUAUGCUCGACUCGAAAACUCUGGAGUUUACAUCUGCCAAACGUCAGCCUUUGGUGUUAAUCCAACCUUAAUUACUCUUGAAGUAAGACCGCAAGGUCCGCCCGUAGAAACAUCAAAUAUCACCCUCUCUGUCGACCAUCUCAGAAUUCCAACUGGUGGGAGCGGAACAAUAGAAUGCACUCCCCAAGGAUAUCCAGUACCACUUAUUAAAUGGACUAAGCAUCAAGAUUCAUUUGGUCUUGGUACCAGCCAACGCGAGAAUACUCUUAUAAUAAGUAACGCCCAAGACAGCGACCAGGGUUACUACCUUUGUGAGGGAUCAGUGGAGGGAGUGCCUAUUAUCAGCACUUAUGUCUAUGUGGAGAUUGAAAAACGCGAGGCUCCACGUUUAGAAAUAUAUCCACAAGGAGAAAACUACGUUACAUUAGGCAACCAAUUUCAAAUACACUGCCGUGUUACCGGUGGCAUUCCUUCACCAGUUAUAACUUGGGACAAGAAUAGAGGACAGUUGUCACCGCACGUAGAAAUUCAACAGAAUAACAAUGUUCUAAGUUUCCAAACAGUAGAAGUCAAUGACGAAGGCACCUACACAUGUACAGCAACCAACGAAGCUGGAUCAACAAGCGCGAGCGCAACUGUAAAAGUUAGGUCUCCACCGGAAAUAACUAUCACUCCAAGCAAUUUUAUUCAAGUGAUAAAGGGAGACAAGGUUGAUGUCGAAUGUAGGGCAGAUGGAUACCCGGAGCCAAUGGUGUCUAUUAAAUUAUCUGAUCGUGAAUUCGUGUCUCCAUCACCUAGAAUCGCUGUGUUGUCAAUAUCCUAUGUGAAUGAAAGGCAUGAGGGUGACUACACAUGUAUUGCUACCUCUGCUGCUGGUACUGUCGAAGAACAGUUCGCUAUUCGAGUUGAAAGGGGUGACGGAGGCUUUGGGAAUGAUGUAGAAGGCAGUGGUGAAGACAGCAUUGGGUCAGAGUAUCAACCAGAUUUUGAUGAAAACGCACCGAGUAAUAUGGUAGCCAUUGAAGGACAAGAAAGUCGUCUUGGGUGCAAUGCGUCGAAGGAGUUCCAAGUUGUUUGGGGACGAGCUGACAGAAGCCCACUUCAAUUCAACGCUAGACAAUAUGGUUCCGAGCUUAUCAUUUACAACACAUCAAAAGCAGACUCUGGCAGAUACGAAUGCACAUUGAUAAACCAACGUACGAACGAAGUACAGCAAUCUGUGUACACAAGUUUGCAAGUGAUGGCCGCUCCCAGGAUCACUUUGAGGCCUCCAUCACAAAUAGUACACCCAGGACAAUCACCAACAGUCGAGUGUGUCGUUGAAGGAGACGAUAUUAUUAGCAUUUCAUGGAGACCAGUUGAUCGGUUACCUUCAAGCCGCGUAGAGAUCCGUGAUUCCACCUUAUUGUUCCGUCAAAUUGAGGUUGAGGAUGCUGGAAAAUACGAAUGUUUUGCAAUGAACAGAUUGGCUAAUGCAACUGCGAUAGCUGAGGUUAUUGUUAACGAAGAAGCCGAUCGUGCACCGUCGAAGUCGCAUGAUAACGAACAAUUCGCACACGUUGGAGCCGCUGUUCAUCUGAGCUGCAAUGUCACUCAGCCCGGAAUGAAAAUAAGAUGGAACAAAGAUGGCAGAACCCUACCACGCACCGUAACUCAGAAGACAGAUGGAUCUCUAUUCAUUAGACUUGCUCAGAAAACAGACAGUGGCCGCUAUGUUUGUAUCAUUUGGGACGGCUAUGGACGACAAACUAGCAAUUACAUCAACCUUCACAUAGAGGGUGUUGAAUGCUCACCAUCAGAGUUUCAUUGUUAUGACGACAGUGCUUGUAUUCACGAGGACUUAAUUUGCGAUGGAUAUGAUAAUUGUUUGGAUGGUAGCGAUGAAAAUAACUGCAUAUUAAGAGAAAAAAGACUAUUGCAGCCGCAUUCGGAUCCACGUCGAACUGGAACUCGUGACGAAACACCGGCCUUAGUUUUAAUCGAUCAGCCACGGAGACCUUUUAGGGUUAGAGAAAAAGUGGAAGUCCUUUGCAGAGCAAGAUCUAGGAAUAUCAGAGUUUCAUGGGAGAGAUAUAAUACAAACCAAUACGUAGAAACAAGGACCUAUGGCGAUGGAUCGCUAUUGCUGAUACCUAAUGUUGAGCAAUCCGAUGCUGACGUAUACAGAUGUACUGGAAUUGACCCCUAUGGAAGACAAUCUUCGGAUGAUUUCGUACUUGAAGUUGUGCCAGUGUCUGAUACAAAACCAUACCCCAUAAAUGAUGAUGAUACCAUGUACACUGCACGCUUGGGUGAUACGAUUGACUUGCCAUGCACCAGCAAUUUACAAGAACCCGUAGUUAUUACAUGGGGACGUGAAUUUUCACCACUACCAGCCGGUGUUGGGCUAAAUGAGCGGAGCCUUCACAUAGACAGUGUGACUGAAGCCGAUGCUGGGACCUAUGUGUGUCAUGUGAGGAACAACGUAGGUCGUGUUAAGACAAGAGCUACUCUACGCGUCAUUGGCAUUGUACCCAAAUUAAAUGGCGAUGGAUGGCUGGCUCUACCUACCUUGAAGGAUGCAUACAUGCAGUUUGAAAUUGAGGUCUCCUUCAAACCUGCUGAUCCAAACGGAAUAAUACUCUACAACAGUCAAAAAGAAGACGGAACAGGACACUACUUGGUCUUGCAAUUAGUCGAUGGUGUACCACAAUUUACCCUCAAGUUUGAUGCAGCUGAUGCCUUAGUGACUAGGGGCGAUAGGCCACUUACCCUUAACGCUUGGCAUACAAUUCGCCUCAGACGAAGUGGAUCUAAAGUUACCAUGGAUGUGGACAACACGGGACCAUUCUCAGCGGAAUCAUCAAUUCAGUACCAGACCUUGGAUCUAUAUGCACCAUUAUACAUUGGUAAUGCACCACAACAACGACCAUAUGAACUUGAAACUACUUCAGGAUUCGUAGGUUGCGUAAGCAUGUUAAUACUUGGCAAGGAAGAAAAGAAUAUAAUGGCAGAUAGCAUAGAAAGAAACAAUGUCUACGAAUGCGACUCCUGUACACCAAAUCUAUGCCUCAAUAGCGGCGUGUGUCAGGAAGCACGCAAUGAACGCGGCUACAGAUGCCUUUGUCCUGGCGGUUUUGCUGGUCAAAACUGUGACAAGACCGGCGAAGCCUGCCGCCCAGGGUUGUGUGGACCAGGCAAAUGUACGGACACCGCCGAUGGCUACAGAUGCGCAUGUCCUGUCACUUAUGCUGGAAGAAAUUGCGACGUUAGGCAAAAUAUCGAAUAUCCAGCAUUUACGGGUAGCGCAUUCUUAGCGAUCAAACCGCCUCAAACUUCACGUUAUCUCAAAAUGUCUAUGAAGAUCAAGCCAAAACCACCUGUGACUGAUGGUAUUAUAAUGUACUGCGCACAAUCACCUAGAGGCUAUGGUGGAUUCACAUCACUCACAGUUCGUGAUGGACACUUGGAGUUCAGAUACGACCUUGGCGACAAUACCGACCCUGUGGUACUGACAAGUAACAAGACCCUUCAAGCUAACUCAUGGACAUCAGUUCAAAUUAUUAGAAGCGGCGAUUUAGUCUCGUUGACAGUAGAUAUGAUCCAUAGCUACAAUCAUAAGCUGACAUCACCUAGGUAUCUGAGCUUGGAAACACCAUUGUUCGUGGGCGGCGUUGACGACUCUGUCGUUCUCAACAACAAUACUGGUGUCGUUGGGGGCUUUAGCGGAUGCAUCAAGGAUGUCAAACUGCAAGGAGAUGACUUGAACUUAAUAAAUUCGUCAAUUCAAUCAGCAAAUGUUCAGGAAUGCGUCAACUACGAUCGUGGAGACAUACCAGAUGUUGAGAGCAUAUGUUCUCAAUGUCGCAAUGGUGGCUAUUGUCUGAACGCUGACUCGACGUACUGCACUUGUCCGUCUGGCUUCUCCGGCCAAUACUGCGAGUACAGGGUGCCUCUGAGUUCUCAAAGACAGCCCGUGAACAACCCUUGCGCAGCUCUGCCGUGCAGAAAUGGUGGGACGUGUAAAAGCGAUUUCUCAGCCCGAAUGAAUUAUACAUGUGACUGCCCCUUGGGAUACGCGGGUCAAGGUUGCCAAAUGCAAUUAGAACUACUGCAAAGCGUCGGCUUUAAUGGUAACGGUUACUUAGAACUACCAGCCAGUUAUUUGAGAUACGAUCAGUUGGAACUGGAACCGGCAGUAAUCGCACUUGCUAUCCACACAACGAACGAUGGAGUCCUCCUGUACCAACGGGAAGCUAAACUUAGAAGUGGAGGAGACUACAUAUUAAUUAAGGUCAAUAGAGGCCUUGUGGAGAUGGAAUGGGAUACGGGCAGUGGACUGAACAGUAUACUUAUUGAUGGAGUAACCGUAAUUGAUGGAGAGAGACACGGAGUGAUUGCCAAGUUCUACGCUGGUAACCACGUUGAAUUGACAGUGGACGGUGUCUCUAAAUCCAAAACGACCAAUGGUAUCUCCAAUGUCAUGAACGCUGAUUCGAAUAUUUAUAUUGGUGGUAUUCCUGAGAGUUGGAGUGCGGAAUAUGACUAUUACCAAGGUCUAACUGGCUGCAUAGAGCAAGUAGAAUUCACUGAUAUCACGCGAGGGCUUCAGUUGGGCAAGGUCGCUGUAGCUGGCAGAAACACACAACGAUGCAAAGAGUAA